ACUGCACGUAGAUCUACCUAUAAUGUGAACAUGAAACUACCUGGCAUUUAUGGAUCUUUUGUAGGAGGAAACAACCUUCCCAGCCUUGAAGAAGGACUCAGCCACCUGUCUUCUGAUGUCCAGUAUGCUCUGCUGAUCAUGUCAGGUUUGACUGUUGCAGUUUUCCGAUGUAGAUCACAUGAUAACUACAACUACGGCUUCUUUGAUCCUCAUUCCCGCACUACUGAAGGGUUACCAUCUGCUCUUGGUACCGCUAUAAUGCUGAAAUUCACAUAUCUAACUGACAUGAUUGACAGGAUCAAACUCUGCCACACCAACUUUGAAACCCAACCUUCCACCCUGUAUGAGCUGAAGCCUGUCGAGUUUUCCAGUGUGAACAUAGACGGCAGGAGAAACGUGUCGGACUGCAGACCAACUGUUGCAGAGUCACAUGGAGCUGCUGAUGGGUCAACCUCACAUCCAGCUGCUGAUCAGCCUCUGAACAUAUCUCCACACAUGUCCACAUCCGAUGUCAUCAUGGAAGAAGCAUCUGCUGGUAAUAUAACCUCAACUGUGCAGCAGGUAGGACUCAUGAUGUACGAGACCAGAACUGAACAUGAACCUACAGGUGAAUCUACUUCAUCACAUGAUGUUUCUGAGACUGACAAAAAUCUUCACACUGUUGUCAUCCAAACCCCUGCUGGAGAUCUUCCUGAUACUGGAUUUACAGAAACCUACAUUAAUUUCUCAAGGCUUAAUAAGUCACAAAGGCGAAAAAUCAGGAGAAGAUUGAUAAACUCACAGAAAAAAGGCCAGAAACAGGAGAAUAAAAAUAGUAAAGAAAAACAAAAAUAUAAAAAUAAUCCUACUUUCAGAGAAAAGAAAACUCUGCAGAGUCAAAAGAAUUAUUCUGAGAAUGAACAACUUCGAGAAAGAAAGAAACUGAAUAUGAAGACAUAUAUUAAGAAUUGUACUAUUAAAAAUGUAGACUUUCAACAAAAAAAAAUACAGUACAUCAGAGAUCGUUACAGACAAAACAAUCAAUUCAGACAGAAACGCAAAGCUUAUCUUACAAACCGUUACAGGCAAAAUGAAGAGUUCAGAGAGAGACAGAAAAUGUAUCUAAGAAACAGUUACAGGCUAAAUGAAGAGUUCAGAGAGAGACAGAAAAUGUAUCUAAGAAACAGUUACAGGCUAAAUGAAGAGUUCAGAGAGAGACAGAAAAUGUAUCUAAGAAACAGUUACAGGCUAAAUGAAGAGUUCAGAGAGAGACAAAGGGCUUACAUGAAGCAGAAAUCUCAACAACGUUAUGAAAAUGACAGAGUUUUCCGUUUGAGACACAGACAGUUUAUGAAACAGAUGAUGAGAGACAGAUACAGAAGUAACUGUGCAUUUAGACGGAUGCACAACCUCAGAUGUGCCAUGAUAAUAAGGAGAAAGUACAGACAGAUGAAGAGACCUACACAGACUGUAGAAACAGAGACGGACAACAGUUUGAUUAAAAAUGCCAUUUCUGUCUUCAGGUCCAACAUUCAAGCCGGACCCUCUUAUGUUUGCACUGUGUGUCAUAAAGCCUCGUUUCCAAACCAGGUCCUAGUCUGCAGAAGGUCCAGUUAUGUAACCAACACAGCAGUCAUUGAACCGUGCCUGACAGGUAAAUAUGUCCAUGUGUGUGAAGGUUCCUGCAGAGACCAACCAUGUUUAGUUCCUCGUGAGAGACGUAAGGAGUGGAUUUGUCACACAUGUCACAGUUAUGUCAAAAAAGGUGCUGUACCAGCUCUAGCUGCAGUCAACAACCUAGAACUGACAGAGAUUCCUGAUGAACUGAAAGACCUGAACAUCCUGGAGAGACAUCUGAUCUCUAAGUGUAUUCCUUUUGCUAAAAUAAUUCCUCUUCCUAAAGGCAGACAAAGACUGAUUCGUGGCAAUGUAGUGUGUGUUCCCUCACAGGUGCAGGAAACAGUGGAAGCUUUACCCAGACUAAGAAACGAGUCUCAGGUGAUGAGAGUGAAACUGAAGAGACGCUUGUGUUACAAAGGUCAUCAGCUGUUCCAGACGGUAACCUGGUCUAAACUUGUACGAGCGCUGCUCAAACUAAAACGUAUACACCCACAAUACCAGGACAUAACUAUCAGAGAUGAAGCUGAACUCUGUGACCCCACACUUCCUGAUGAGGAGGAGGAGGAUGAUGAGGAGGAUAGGAUGGAUGACGGUGAUUAUGAUGAAGCAGAUUUAAUGGAGAUAGACAUGUGUGAGAAAAGUGCCAUGUGUGAGUCUGAACGUGAAGUUGAGAGGUUAAGUGAUAAUGAUGAACCAGCACAGCAGCAGAGAAAUGAUGAUGAUGAAGAGAAUGAGCUGCCAAACGGAGGCUUUGCUUUGGAAUCCUGUUUGCAGGUGCCAGACAUUUCAGAAGAGAUCAUGUGUUUCUCUGAUAACACCUACUGUGUUGCUCCCGCAGAAAGAAACAGUCCUGUCAGCUUCUUCAGAACCCCUAAACUGGAGGCCAUGGCGUUCCCGGUGCAGUUUCCUACUGGUCAGAACACGCUGGACGAACAGAGACGUAUUAAAGUCACACCCAGUGGUUAUUUCAAGUCUAGACUUUUUAACACAGAUGAUCGCUUUGCCAGAGACCCAACAUAUCUGUUUUUUGCCCAGUUUGUGACUGAGAUCCACCUAGCCAACUCCAGCAUGAUGGUACAGCUGAGAAAAGGUAAAACCCUGACUAGAGAUGGACGUAGGAUAACCUCAGCUAUGUUGCAGGACAAACAAGAGGUUGAGAGACUUGUGAGGAAUAAAGAUGCCAUCAGGUUCAUGCAGCCCCUGAGAGGAACUCCAGCCUACUGGCACAAAACCACCAGAGACCUGUAUGCCAUGAUUCGCCAGUUAGGAACGCCAACGUUCUUCUGUACAUUUUCAGCAGCAGAGAUGAGGUGGCCUGAAGUCAUUACAGCUGUUAAGAGACAACAGGGUGAACAGGUUGACUUUGAAGCUCUAGACUGGUCAGAAAAGUGUGAGAUCCUCAGAUCCAAUCCAGUGUGUGUGAUGAGGCUUUUUGACAAACGGGUUGAAUGUCUUUUCAGGGACUUGUUGUGUUCAGAUGCUCAGCCUUUAGGAAAGGUCAUUGACUUCUUUUACAGAGUAGAGUUUCAGCACAGAGGGAGUCCCCACAUUCACAUGAUGCUCUGGAUUGAUCAGGCCCCACAGGUAGAAGUAAACAGUGAUCAGACUGUGUGUGAUUUUGUUGACAGGUUCAUCUCAGCCCAACUUCCUGACCCAAACACAAAACCAGAACUGUACAAGAAGGUGACAGAGGUGCAGAAACACAGCAGGAACCACACUAGAACUUGUUUCAAGAGCGUGAACUCUGGGUGCAGGUUUGGUUUUCCUAAACCACCAUGCAGACGAACCAUGAUAACAAGACCUGAUGAAGAUGACCACACCAGUGCUGCAAAGGAGAAACUCAGACCUCUGUACCAGCUCCUGAUCAACCCUCAAACUGCUUCUUUGUCCUUGGACCAGCUCCUGGCUCAAUGCAACCUGACGAUGGCAGAGUAUGAAGGUUACCUCCACAGCAUGACCAGAAAAACGGCCCUGGUUCUGAAACGUCAGCCCAAAGACUCGUGGAUAAAUAAUUACAAUCCACAUCUGCUUGAAGCCUGGGACAGCAACAUCGACGUGUCUUACAUCCUCAACGCCUACUCCUGCAUCGAGUAUCUGACCAAGUACAUCACUAAGAAAGAGAGCGGCCUGUCUGAGUAUCUGAAAACUGUGAUGGAUAAUGCUCACAUGGACCGGGUGAACGAGUGUGAUGAGAUGAGAGCGGUCAUGCAGGCUUAUUCAAAAAAGAGAGAGAUCAGUGCUCAGGAGUGUGUCACGCGUGCUUGUGGUUUACACAUGAAAAAAGGUUCUCGUGCAGUUGUGUUUGUACCUACAGAUGACAACCCAGUCCGCAUGAGUCGACCUCUCUCGUUCCUGGAGAACACCACAGACGACUGCUGCAACAUCUGGAUGACCAGUCUGAGUGACAAAUACAAAGCCAGACCGGAGACAGCGGAGUACGAGGGCAUGUGUUUGGCUGAUUUUGCUUCAACAUGCAGGUUUGUCAGUGCUAACAAGUCAAAGAAUAAGAAUGUUUUACCGCUCCUCAAUGACUUAGGGUUUGUGCAGAGACGGCGAAAUGACAAAGCAGCUGUCAUCAGAUAUUACCACUGUUCACAGGAGAAACACCCAGAGCAGUUUUACGGUAGACUUCUGAAACUGUAUGUUCCUCAUCGCUCAGACUCUGAACUGAAGUCAGAGCACUUUCCAACCUAUCAGUCCUUCUACCAGUCUGCCGUGUCGUAUCUGCCGGGAUCCGAAGACUAUGAGUUUGUGAUUGACAUCGUCAAACGAAACAGAAAGAGGUAUGAGAAGAACAGUGAGGAGAUCGAGAACGCUCUGCAGGAGUUGGAAGACAACGGAGACCAGGCGGUUGAUGAAUGGUGUAAUCUUGCUCCUGAAUCUGAUGUUGUGAGGGUGCAGUGUGAUGAUGAUUUGCAGGCAGAUGAGGCAGACAACGAACAGGAAAAUGUCCCAGACUACAACCCUCAGUCAAACGCUGGAACAGAAGUCAGAGCCUUCAGAGAGCCUUCAUCCAUGGACCCAGCAGUUCUACGUGGUAUGUAUCAGACCCUGAACCAGAAGCAGGCCUGUGUGUUCUAUGCAGUCAGAGACUGGUGCAUCAAACGUGUGUGUCAACUGGAUCCAGAGCCGUUCUUCCUUUUUGUUAACGGUGGUGCAGGAACAGGUAAAUCUCAUCUGAUCAAAUGCAUUUACUCAGAAGCCUCUAAGAUCCUGAGGAAACUACCAGCACGUGCAGAGGAGGCCGAUAUCUCAAACCCAACUGUCUUGCUCACUGCUUUUACUGGUACCGCUGCCUUCAACAUCUCAGGAACAACCCUCCACUCUCUCCUGAAGCUGCCUAGAAGCCUGAAACCUCCUAUCUGUGGACUUGGUAACCAGCUGGAUGAGGUCAGAGCUGAGCUUUUCAAUGCUGAAAUCAUGAUUAUUGAUGAGAUUUCAAUGGUGUCCAGGCCUCUGUUUGCUUAUGUAGAUGCAAGGCUGAAACAGAUCAAAGGCAGUCAGAAACCCUUUGGAGGAAUGUCAGUUUUAGCCGUUGGAGAUUUCUAUCAGCUGCCACCAGUGCGACAGUCUAAACCCCUGUGUGUGUUUCAGCCGUCAGACAUUGACCUGUGGUGGCAACAUUUCCAGGUGAUCACUCUGACGCAGAUUAUGCGGCAGAAAGACGACGUUGCUUUUGCAGAGCUGCUGAACAGACUUCGGGUGAAAGAAAAGACGGAGGAGUUGUCUCAGGAAGACAGAGAUUUGUUGUCUCAGACCAUCACAGAUGCUUCUUGUUGUCCAACUGAUGUUCUGCACAUUUUUGCCACCAACAAGCAGGUCGAUGAACACAACACUUCAACACUCACUCUGCUCCACCCAGACGUGAUCAGCAUCGAUGCAGACGACUUCCGGAAAGACCCACAAACAGGCAGAAUGACCCGACAGGACAAACCAGGUAAAGGAGCCAGAAACGAGUUGGCAGACACUCUGAAGGUCGCUGAGGGAGUUCGAGUCAUGCUCACCAGAAACAUCGACAUCCAGAACGGACUGGUCAACGGUGCAUUUGGUAAGCUGCUGAGAGUGGUAAGUUCUGGAAACGACAAACACAUCAUCAAACUUGGUCUCAGAAUGGACAACCAGGUGAGAAACAACCAGACUGGAGCUGCAGAUGACCUGGUCUACAUCGAGAGAGCAGAGGAGAACCUGAAACAGAGGAGGGUGGUCCGAAGACAGUUUCCUGUGAGACUAGCCUUUGCCUGCACCGUGCACAAGACUCAGGGCCUCACGACCAGUGCUGCUGUGGUGUCACUGAAGAACAUCUUUGAACCAGGUAUGGCUUACGUAGCUCUCAGCAGGGUGACGUCUCUCAGUGGACUGUAUCUACUGGACAUGGACGAGAAGAAGAUCUAUGCCAACCCAGAAAUCACUGCAGCUCUGCAAACCAUGAGACCAGCACAGGUAGACCACACAAUGCCUCUUCUGCAGGUGAGAGAAGCAGUGAGCAGACCCCACACUCUGACUGUUGUCCACCACAACACAGAGGGACUUCCAUCUCACAUCAGCGACAUCAGGAGUCAUCAUGAAAUGUGUCUAGCAGAUGUUUUGUGUCUCACUGAAACCCACCUGCAAGGCUCCUUUGUUGCAGAAAGUCUCCAGCUGGACGGCUACGCCAUGUUCAGACGUAACAGACACGUGUCCUACACUAACCUUCCUCAGAUGGCUAGCAGAGGUGGAGGAGGAGUUGCUGUUUAUGUCAGAAACUACAUCCAGGUCCAACACAAACAGUAUUUACACAAUGUGACUGAUCUUGAGUUUGUGGUUUUGAAGCUUCAAGCUCCGUUCCAGGCUCUGAUAGCAGCUGUUUACAGACCUCCAGACUACAGUGUCUCAGUAUUCCUGCAGAACCUGGUAAGUCUUCUGGACUCUCUGGAGGUGAUGGACUGUCAUCCAAUCAUUGUGUCAGGUGACUUCAAUGAGAAUCAGCUGUUCAUGGUACGAAAGCCCAUUGUGGAGAUGUUUCAGUCUAGAGGGUACAAACAACUGAUCACUUCUGCCACCACAGAGAAGAACACGCUGCUCGACCUCAUUUUCAUUUCUCAGCCACAGCGAUGUCUCAGUUCUGGUGUCAUGAGGACCUACCACAGCUACCACAACCCUGUUUUCUGUGUCCUGUCCUUCAACCAGACGUGAACAAGCCAGGUGAGCUUUAAAUGUGCUGAAAUAUGAGACCAAACUUUGUGUUUGUGCUGCAGGAAGGAAGACCGUAAAUGUGAGUAUUUGGGAUCUUAAUGUUGAACAUGUGAUGUGAUCUUCUGGUAUCAUGUUUGUAAGAUACUUUAACAAAAGACACAAAGGGAACAAGAUUUAUUAUACACAGUCAUUCUUUUCCAAUCAAACACUAAUCAUCAUUUAACCAUCAUAAAUAUAUUUUUACAAGUCAAUUUAGUAGGACAAAUAUCUAUUUUACAGCUUAUGUUUUUAGAGUAUCAAAUAUAUUCUGAAUCAUAUUUAUUGUAGAUCAUUGUUUUAUUAGAUAAUAAUCAGGACACAAUCAGGUGAACAUCUUUUCCAGAUAAUCAUGUUGAUACAGAACUGUGGGCUCGUUGGUUCUGUGCAUUUAUCCGGGUGGGUCUGGGUCAGGGAGGAUAAAUGCACAGAACCAACGGUUGAAUACAAGCUAGAUGACAUUUACUGCAGCAGGACAAUAUCAGAAGUCUGGUGUCCAUGUGCUCUCCAGACUUCUGAUGUCCCACCAACACAGACCAGCUGACAGCCCACAGUAGGGAAGAGCGGGGGUGGGGGUGGGGCAUACUAUGUAGAUUUAUUUCUGCCUGGUUUUUUUUUUUUUUUUUUUUUUUUUUUUUUUUUUCCCAACUAUCUGCACAUGUCUGGGUUGUUGACAUGUUCUCCUGUGAGAACGUCUAGCUUCACUAAGUGCAGCUGCAGCAGCGACUGCACACUUGCCACCAUCUUGAUCAAGAUCAGAUCCAAACUAGACCACAGUUGUUGGACCACAGAAAAACACUCUAGGUCCUGCCAUCUCAGUCCUCCUUCAAAGCAGAAGAUGAGCUAGAAACCUCCAGCCUUCACCUGGGAGCAGAGACACAACACAGCCUAACAAGAACAGAGAAGAACAUCACUGCUGGACCACACAAACUCCUCCUACCAGAGUCCAGGUUCUUCAUCACAGUCAGAAGGUUCUUCACAGCACUGCUGAGACCUUCAGUCCUGACCUGGUACCUCUUCUCAAGUCUUCCUAACCAAAUGGGAGUGAAGAUUCUCUGGACAGCAGAUGUGUCCUGCACCACUGUUGAAGACAUGGUGCUGCAGGGAAACCCUCGUCUUCACACUGUUCUAGUCGUCUCUGUUCUGCAUCAGAACCUCCAAACAAGGCUGAAAGAUCUUCAUUCAAACAAGUUCAAGGAGGCAUCCGCUCAUCAUCUGAAAGUGGAAGCGGUCACAUGGUGAACAUACUUUGGAUCUUUGAUUUGAGCCUCUACAGACAGAAACAUGAACAGAAAACUAAACAGUUAUGGAUAUUUCAGAGGUUUUUUUCUUUGAAGACUGUCGAAAAUUGUAGAAGGUGGAUUCACAUGUUUGUGAUCAUAUUUGAUCACAUUGUGGAUGUUUGGGAGAUUCUCAAUAUCACUCUCCUACCUUUAUUGAAGUUUAAUAAAACUGUGCACCAUUCAAUCAAAAAUCAGACAUCCAACACUGAAUUGGAAAGACAAAAUCUGAAUGUGUCUGAGACACUAAAGUGAAGUGCAGGAAUCCUGCCUGACUGUGGCUGUCAGCUGGUACGUAGAGAUCACAGGUUUCACAUUUGUGCUCUAAUGCUGGACCGUCUAAAGCCAGUAGAGACAUUAGUUACAGAUGCAACUGCAGAGUUACCAACUCAGUUACUCUGGGUACUAUGGGUAACACAACUCAGUUACUUUCAGUCAUUUAUGUAUAUAUCUGCCAUUCUCCAUUCUUAUGAAUAUUAUAUCAGACGUAUUCUGUC